AUCCAUUUAACUAAUCUAAAAAAUUUCAACUCUAGUUAAUCCCCCCUCUAUAAAUAUAACACAAACAUGGAAGAAUAAUAUAUACUUUGUAUAUGAUCAGAUAAAUGGAGAGGAGUGACACUAAAACAUGGAAGAACCAUUGCAUGGAUGUUUUCUCAAAAUCUGAACGUGAAGAUGACGAGGAAGCUCUAAAGUGUGUUGCAAUAAAGAGAAUUCUUACAAGUUCAUGCAUUAGGAAAAAUGUAGAGAGCAAAGGAGAAGGAAAAGGAAAAGAUGUUGAGACCAUUCAACUUGAAUCAACAGAAAAAAGAGCCUUGUUAGCUAGACUUGUGAAAAUAGCAGAAGAAGAUAAUGAAAAGUUCUUGUUGAAACUCAAGGAAAGAAUGGACAGAGUUGGACUUGAACUUCCAACAAUUGAAGUUAGAUUUGAGGAUAUAAAUGUGGAAGCACAAGUUUAUGUUGGAAGGAGAGCAUUGCCUACAUUAUUUAACUUCUUUGUGAAUGUGAUAGAGGGGUGUUUAAAUAAUCUUCAAAUAAUUCCAAGUCCAAAGAAACAGUUACAUAUACUUCAGAAUGUUAGUGGAAUCCUAAAGCCUAGAAGGAUGACAUUGCUUUUAGGGCCACCUGGUUCUGGAAAGACCACUUUGUUGUUGGCAUUGGCUGGGAUACUUGGCAAAGAUUUGAAGCAAUCUGGGAGAGUAACAUACAAUGGGAAAGGACUAGAAGAGUUUGUUCCACAAAGAACAUCAGCUUAUGUAAGUCAAUAUGAUAAUCACAUUGGAGAAAUGACUGUGAGAGAAACACUGGCUUUCUCAGCAAGAUGUCAAGGGGUUGGACAAAAUUACGAAAUGUUGACUGAACUACUGAGAAAAGAGAAGGAAUCAAAGAUUGAACCAGAUCCUGAUAUUAAUGCCUAUAUGAAGGAAGCAGCAAUAGAAGGCCACCAGAACAGUGUGGUCAUUGACUACAUUCUUAAGAUUUUGGGACUUGAUGUUUGUGCCGACACAAUGGUAGGAGACCAAAUGAUAAGAGGUAUCUCAGGAGGCGAGAAAAAGCGACUCACUACAGGUGAGAUGCUGGUUGGACCUAUAAAGGUGUUGUUCAUGGAUGAGAUAUCAAAUGGUUUGGACAGUUCAACAACUUUUCAGAUAAUCAACUCAAUCAAGCAAUCUAUUCAUAUUCUAAAUGGAACUGCACUUGUUUCUCUUCUACAACCAGCACCAGAAACUUAUGAACUAUUUGAUGAUAUAAUACUUCUCACUGAUGGACAAAUUGUGUAUCAAGGACCAAGAGAAUAUGUACUAGAGUUUUUUGAAUCGACAGGUUUCAAGUGUCCCGAAAGAAAAGGCGUUGCUGAUUUCUUACAAGAAGUGACAUCAAGAAAAGAUCAAUGGCAAUAUUGGGCUCGUGAAGAUGAACCUUAUAACUUUGUCACUGUCAAGGAUUUUGCUCGAGCCUUCGAAUUAUUUCACAUAGGCAAACAACUUGGAGAAGAGCUGGCCGAUCCAUUUGACAAGUCUAAAUUUCAUUCAAAUGUCUUGAUCACAAAGAAAUAUGGGAUUAACAAGAAGGAGCUGCUAAGGGCUUGUGCUAGCAGAGAGUUAUUGCUUAUGAAGAGAAAUUCUUUUGUCUACAUAUUCAAAGCCACACAACUUACUUAUUUAGCUACCUUGACGACGACGUUAUUUCUGCGAACCAAGAUGUAUCAUUCUACCAUUGAGGAUGCACAAACAUACAUGGGAGCACUAUUUUUCACUGUCACAGUAGCAAUGUUCAAUGGAAUAUCAGAGCUGAAUAUGACUAUCAUGAAACUUCCUAUCUUUUACAAGCAAAGAGAUCUUCUUUUCUAUCCUUCAUGGGCUUAUUCUCUUCCACCAUGGAUCCUCAAAAUACCAAUAACUAUCAUAGAAGUUGCCAUUUGGGAAUGCAUCUCUUACUACGCCAUUGGCUUUGAUCCAAAUAUUGGAAGGUUUUUUAAACAGUCCUUGGUAGUCCUAUGCAUUAAUCAGAUGGCGUCUGCACUAUUUCGGUUUAUGGCAGCAUUAGGAAGGGAUAUUGUAGUGGCAAACACAUUUGGAACAUUUUCACUACUUGCAGUUACUGUUUUGGGAGGAUUUGUUAUUUCAAGAGAGGAUGUGCAUAAAUGGUUUCUGUGGGGUUAUUGGUCGUCGCCAUUGAUGUAUGGACAAAAUGCUAUAGCUGUGAAUGAAUUUCUUGGACAUGGUUGGAGAAAGGUUGCUCCUAAUUCCAAUGAAACAUUGGGAGUAUCGAUACUGAAAUCUCGCGGAUUUUUCCCUCAAGCUUAUUGGUAUUGGAUUGGAGUUGGAGCUUUGAUUGGUUAUGUUUUUCUAUUUAAUUUUCUCUUCGCGUUGGCUUUGCACUUUCUCAGUCCAUUCAGAAAAGAUCAAGCAGGCUUAUCCCAAGAGAAAUUGCAAGAGAGAAAUGCUUCAACAGAUGAAGAGUUUAUUCAAUCGCAACAACAAGAGAACUCUUCUAAUACAAAGAUGGACGAAGAAGUUAGCGAAAACAAAGCUAGCAGUAGUGGAAGAAAAGGCAUGGUUCUUCCUUUUCAACCUCUAUCCCUAACUUUUGAUGAUAUCACAUAUUCUGUUGACAUGCCACAGGGAAUGAAAAAUCAAGGAGUUACUGAGGAUCGUCUCGAACUUUUGAAGGGUGUUAGUGGUGCUUUUAGACCUGGAGUACUAACAGCUUUGAUGGGUGUAAGUGGUGCUGGAAAGACUACUUUAAUGGAUGUUUUAGCUGGAAUAAAAACUAGUGGAUACAUUGAAGGAAACAUCAAAGUAUCCGGCUAUCAAAAGAAUCAAAAAUCAUUCGCUCGCAUAUCGGGAUAUUGUGAACAAUUCGAUAUUCACUCACCCAAUGUUACGGUCUAUGAAUCUUUGCUAUAUUCUGCAUGGCUUCGUUUAUCGCCUGAAGUUGAUCAUGCAACUAGAAAGAUGUUUAUUGAGGAAGUUAUGGAGCUUGUAGAGCUUAACUCAUUAAGAGAAGCACUUGUUGGAUUGCCAGGCGAAAAUGGACUUUCAACCGAACAGCGCAAGAGACUUACUAUUGCAGUUGAACUUGUAGCGAAUCCAUCGAUAAUAUUCAUGGAUGAACCAACCUCUGGCCUGGAUGCUCGAGCAGCUGCGAUUGUAAUGCGAACAGUAAGGAACACUGUGGACACAGGACGUACCGUGGUGUGCACGAUCCAUCAGCCGAGUAUUGACAUAUUUGAUUCCUUUGAUGAGCUGCUACUUCUGAAAUUGGGAGGUGAGCAGAUAUAUGCUGGUCCAAUAGGCAACCAAUGUUCCGAUCUGAUCCAGUACUUCGAGGCUAUUCAAGGAGUUCCUACGAUCAAAGAUGGGUAUAAUCCUGCAACAUGGAUGUUGGAAAUUACAUCAGCCGGAAAAGAGGCAAAUCUUAAGGUCAAUUUCACUGAUGUGUACAAAAACUCAGAACUACACCGGAGAAAUAAACAAUUGAUCCAAGAGCUUAGUGUUCCUUCUCAAAGUUCAAAAGAUCUACACUUUGAUGCUCAAUAUUCACAGACAUUUUUAGCACAAUGUACAUAUUGUUUGUGGAAACAACAUUUAUCAUAUUGGAGGAAUACAUCAUAUACAGCUGUUAGACUUUUAUUUACUAUAAUGACGGGUAUAUUGUUUGGCCUGAUAUUCUGGGGCGUUGGCGCGAAAAGUAAAAAGGAGCAAGAUUUAUUCAAUGCAAUGGGGUCAAUGUAUGCUGCUGUUACCUUCAUAGGGGUUGUAAAUGGUGCCUCGGUACAACCAAUAGUAGCAAUUGAGAGAACAGUCUUCUACAGAGAAAGAGCUGCAGGAAUGUAUUCAGCUAUGCCAUAUGCUCUUGCACAGGUUAUCAUAGAACUUCCCCACAUCUUGGUUCAGGCUGUUGUAUAUGGGAUCAUAGUAUAUGCCAUGAUGGGAUUUGAGUGGACAGCAUCAAAAGUUUUGUGGAAUCUCUUCUUCACUUAUUUUAGUUUCUUAUACUAUACAUACUAUGGUAUGAUGACAAUGGCCAUAACUCCAAAUCCACAUGUUGCUGGCAUAUUAUCUACCUCAUUCUAUGCAAUAUGGUGCCUUUUCUCAGGCUUCAUUAUUCCCUUAUCUAGAAUACCAAUAUGGUGGAAAUGGUACUAUUGGAUUUGUCCUGUUGCAUGGACCUUGAAUGGAUUGGUGACUUCCCAAUAUGGACACAACAUGGACACACUUGAUAAUGGUCAAAGUGUUGAAGAAUUUGUUAGGAAUUACUUUGGUUUUGAAUAUGACUUCCUAGGAGUGGUUGCAAUUGUUGUGGUUAGUUUCUCAGUGUUGUUUGCACUUAUCUUCACCUUUGGUAUCAAAGCAUUCAACUUCCAAAAAAGAUGAAAUCACUCCAAUGCUUCUCUUCAAAAGCUUUGAUCACAAUAUUCUUUAGGAAACAUGGUUCUCAUAUUCUCAAUGUAAGGAUAAAUCUAAAGCCAUACAUGAAUGAAGAAGAACCUCAUGUAACUAUAUUAGGCAUAAUUUUCAGUAAAGGAACAAUUAAGCUAUUUACUAGGUAUUCUGAUUUGAUUCACUGAAAGUUUAGAUUUGUAUUAAAGUGUUCAUUAGAGCUUAUAAGAAAAGGUUAUGAUAUAUA